UCACAUAAAGACUCUUCGCCUCGUCGGAGCCUGGAGAAUCUGGAAGUCCGAGCCGGGGUCGACCCCUGCAGCCCGUCCAACGAGAAUCUCAGGAAUUUUUGACGGAUACUUCGAUUGCCUGUCAGGGGUCUCUCGACGGGCGAGAUUCUAAUCCAGCCUCCGGAACAAGAGAGCUCGAACCACGAUGACAAUGGAGGAUCGUUCGGGAGGAGUAGACAGAGCCGCUCCUGCCAUCGCGACGACUACUUCCUCGACAGGCGCCAGGACUACGCAUCCUGGCUCCGACGCCUCCUACCCUUUGCAACGUUCUUCCAAGAGGUCCUUCGACGUCGCGUUCCUUGUAGCACCGGACGAGAAUCUGGCCAGGCGUCAAAGCGAGAAGCUCAGGCUCGUGUCUUCGGACAGACUAGUAGUAGAGGGUAGAACGCUCGAUCGAGAAGAACCGGAAGUGCCGAGCGAGCGGGACUCCGAGAGGUUCCCGCAGAAUCUUACGAUAACUGCCAGUCGGCAUUACACGGAGAACUCUUUGAGUCCGCCGUACUUGUCUCCUCGGCUGACUGCGACGCUGCCGGGUCUGUCGCCGGAAUCCGGCAGGUCCUACGCGGUUGUGCCAAGGACGCAAAAGACGCCGAGUCCGCCGAGCCUCCUCGGCGUUCAGAGGAAUCCUGCGGUCCAGCCGAUGAGCCAGGACUCCCAGCCGGGCAUCACCGGAGCGGUGGGAGCCACCGACAGAGCUGAGUCCAGGAGCGCCUUCACUAAGGUGGCCUUCGCCAAUCAGCAGCAGCAGCAGCAGCAGCAGCAAUCGCACAGAAAUGGCUUCGAAGACGGACAGAUGUCCCCGAGAUCUUCGGUCUCGCCAGACCGAUCGAAUUAUCGCAACAGCGUCAGCCCACCGGUCGUUUCUCUCAACGGUCCUCCGACGUCCUACAAGUACGCGUCCUUCCCUAACAAGAUGUCCUAUCCCUUCCUCAUGAGUCGGAGCGAGCCUCAGCAGAACAAUCUUCUGGAGAAUCUGAAGAUUCCGCGAAUCUCUCAGCCGCCGAAGGUGCCCAGUCCGAAGUUGCCGGGAUUUCGUCCAGACUUGCCUGCAGUCUAUCCGAAUCUCCCAUACAAUCCGAUCUCUGUAUUUCCACCGAUGGCCGAGGCUCUGACGCGGCCGCGAUUCCUCGCGACGGCCGGCGUCGCCGGACUCCUGCCGCCGUCCUUCGCCGCUCUCACGCUUCCGGCUCAAAAUGUUUGCGCCAAGUGCAACCUCUCCUUCCGUAUGACCUCCGACCUCGUGUAUCACAUGAGAUCACACCACAAGCACGAAAGCACAGGAGAAGCCGCGAGAAGACGCCGCGAGGAGAAGCUGAGGUGUCCCGUUUGUGACGAAAGCUUCCGGGAAAGGCAUCACCUGACCAGGCACAUGACUGCCCAUCAGGACAAGGAGAGCGACGCCAUCGUCGAUCAUCAGGUCGAAACGAAGCGGCGGACAGCGCCGGUGCACGGGAAAUGACAUCGCAAGUUGCGAGAGGACCACCUGCCUGGACCGAUCUCCGCAUCCACGAGGUCGGUCUAUGAAUACGAGAACUAAGGAUGUCUAUAGGAUCCACAGGAUCCACAGGAUCCACAGGAGCCACAGGAGCCAAUGAAUGCUUCCGAGUGGCCGCGUGCAGAGUAUACCUUUCAAGAUUAUCCUCCGUAUAGGCAUUACGCGUAGAGAGUAUCACGUAUCUACUUAAGAGACAUAUUAUAACGUUAAGAGCGAUUGAUCAUCGCGCGUUCCCUCUCUAGUCAAUAAUAGUUAGCCGAAUUCUGUAAAUAGACGUGCGAAUCGGAACGAUCGCGCGUAGCGAAUUGGAAUGACAAUUGGGCCUCUCUGCUCCGUGUACCUGCGGGUGUCAGAGAUGGAGAACAGAGAAGCCAGACGAUGCUGAGGCGUGAGUGAGAG